GUUUGAAAAUCUCGACAUUCAACGCGCAGAUUUUGUAGUGUACGGAAGGAUUGAAAGUGCGGCCGCUCGAAACAAUUUAUUUACCGUUACAAGUGCACUUGUGCAUAUAGGCUAGAAAAAAAACCGAAAAAAAUCAAACAAAUGGGUUUAACGUAUAAAGCAUUGAAAUACAGAGAUAUCAAAACGAAUGUGACCAAUGCGAAGGCGGGUGGCUUGCCUGUCGAUGCCAAAGCCGUAGAGACAAUAGCACAACAAGAAGCAGCUACUUUGUCCAUAGAAGCGAGCACAGCGCAAGUGAAUGCAACAACAACAACAUUGCCGGAAAAUCAACAACAAUUCACUGCUGAUCACAUAAUGAAAUUGUGCUUAUUUUUGGCCGAAAAGUCCAGGGCUAAGCAACUCCAACAGAGCCAACAAAUGAACGCCCGCCGAUUUUAUGAAAACUUCCUGCAAGAAGCAGCGGUGGAUGCCGAGGAAGAGCAAAUGCUUUGCGACAAUGAUGCCGAUAAUUUACACAACCAUUUAGAGAAUUUUGAAAACAAAUUAAAAUCGUCAAAAACCAAAUUACACAUAUCCACCGCCCACCAAACGAGUCCACGUACCAUAAGGCGAAGCAAAAUAAAAACGACGGAAAAACACAUUAAACACUCUGUGUUAACGGAUAAAUUUUCGACCUCCAGUAGUACAAAUUUUCUCAACUAUAGCCAACUACCUGAUGUCUGCGAAAAAACACAUGAAAGCACACAAAACUUGCACCAGCAACAACAAUACCAUCAACACCAACAGGAUAAACGUGAUAUUCUAUUAAAAAUACGACAGCAAAUUUUUGAACGUAAGCGUUUGCGACAAGUGCUGAGUGGUGGUCAGCGACAGAAUGCACAAUAUCCGCUCGCAACACAGCAGCAUCAUCAGCACCAACAACAACAACAGCUUGAAAACGGCUACAACGACGCACAGCUGCAAGAGCAAGUGGAGCUUCAACGAUUAGCGGAUGUUUGGCGUCCUUGGUGAGACACAUUCGUGUGUGUGUGUGUGUCAACAGUAUUUUUCGUUUCGUUAAAAUAGAGUUUUGCAUUUCGAAACAGACGGUAACUGCUUUAAUAGGAAAUAUAAGUAUGAAAGUGGGGUUAGGGCAGGAGAUCUUAUCCAAAGACUAAAUAUACGGUACAUAUGUAGGUAUACUACAUAUGCUUAUUUUAUACGCUUAGGUUUAAGUUUAUACUAAAAAUUCAGCUUUAAGUGUGUGUUAACUAACUGCUUCCAAUAUUAUGUAUUACAAAUGUAUAUUGAUUAUGAUAUUAUCAAUGUUUAUUGAAUAAAAUACCAAAGACUUUACUUAUACAACAAA